AUGAUUCGCAGCCUAUAUAAUUUUUCACUGCUAGGCAGCGUUGUAGCUUAUCUUUGUCUUGGUUCCUUUCGUUUAUCUUGGUUGUUUGGAGUCUAUAUGUUGCGUGCUCGAAUACCGAGUCUCUUGCGCUCACUUUCCUCGAUAGCGCCCUCUUCAACGAUUAAGCACAGCUUCGAAUCGGUUGAGAGAGAGCUCCAGAGCCCCACCCCAAAUUGGAACAUUGUUGAGGAUUUCCUCUCGAAGAAACUUGCCAAAGAAUCGCUAGAGGACUUUCGAAUAGUGGAAAAUAAGGUAAAAGAAAGAUCAUCUGGUGGAACUCCUCCAAGUAUCUACCAAUUGCUCAUCAGGGCCUGCUACAAAGAGAAGAGGGUCGGCGAUGCGGUAGACUUAUACAUAAAGGUAGCCUCAAUGAACUCUGUAGUCUCAGGAGCUUCUGCUCCCGCUCCUGCUCCUGCUUCCUCAUCUUCUUCGGUGGAGAAAGUCGUACACAUAGAUAAAUUCAACCACGAGAGGAUAAUAAACUACCUUUUGAAGGCAAUAUCACAUUCUAAUGACUUCAUAGACCUCUUCAAAUUGAAAGUGCUAUGGGAAAACUUCAUAUACAUAAACACCAAAGCUCCCAAUACCGAGCUCUUAUACUUUGCAUCUUUCAUAAACAUACUACUAAACACUGGCCAAAUAGAAAUGGCCCUAGAUAAAUUCAAACUCUCGUAUAAUUCCUUGCUGAUGGACGAUAGCCACUCCAAUGAUUCUAUUUUGAAGGUUUUCCCCACGAUACGAAUAUUAGAUCAGCUAUCUGCUGAUGGGAAUUUCGACGAAAUGUACAACAUACUUCAAAUGAUACUUGGAGAGGAAGGAAACUAUGAGGUAGUUCCCUUGGACCAUUGGUUCGUCUAUUUGAGCAAUGGUCUAUCCAAGAAUCAUUACAACUUGGUGAAGUUGAUAUAUGACACAGUCAUAAUGGGGGGAUACGAAGAAGGAGAGAUAACCACGGAAAGCGCUCUUUUCUCCCCUUCGCAUGAAUUAAUGUCCACGGACAAGUUCUUGAUCAUGAAUUCUUUGACUGACGAGUUGACACUACAGAUCCUUCAUACCUUUUCUCUGAAUGGCGAUGUUCCCCUGACACUAUCGCUCAUAGAAUCACAUUUCAUACACAAGAAGUUGAAGGGUGAGAGGGCACUUACAAGGGAGUUGUGCGUUUGUAUAGUCAAAGCAUAUUGCUUUAGUGACGAAUUACAAGAGAAUUGGCCCGAGGUUACACUUGAUAACCAAGUAACGCCUUCUCCAAUUGACCACAGUGUAGAAAGAGUCUUGGAUGUAUUGGAUGAGUUCAUUAGAAAGCUCGAAAAGGAAGAAAAGGGAAAGAUCAGUUAUAAAGAUAUAAGUGACUGCAUGAGUUUCAAGUUCAAGAACUUUAAAAUUCUCGACUCUAAAAUUGAAGCUAAGAGGACAGGAAUAGCCAAAUCGAGUAAAGAGACGGAUUUUGUAGAUAACGAGAAGCUAUCGAAUCCAAACAUUGAGUCUUCAGCACAGGGAAACGUACUUGCAAACUUGGAUACUUUGACACUCUUCGUGCUCAAUCACAUUCAGCACCUUCAAGAUAAGAGAGCAUCGAUUAGUACUAUAAAGCUUUUUGUUAACUGUCUCCUCAACCACGUGAACUUGUAUCAGAAUUUGUCAGGAGUAGUGAGAGUUUUAACUACCUUGCACAAGCAGAACAGCAGGCUAUUAGAUGAGUGGUUAGAUUCUGAUCUGAUAGACAUUAUACUCAACGCAACUUCCAAGAGUUCUGCUGGUAAGUACAUCUCAUAUGAACUAUUUAAGCACUUACGAAAGAGACAAACACUAAUUUCCUCACAACAAUAUGUUUGGUUGACGAAUUCUAUACUAAGGGACGACUUCCAUGAAUGCUUGCAGUUUUAUUUAUUCAACUAUUUGAAAGAUUGCGGUGUGGUAGACAACAAGAUGCUACUCCUCUUACGACAAUUACCCCCAGCUGCUGUCAAUAUGAAUGAUAAAACGAAAUCCUUGGUAGGCUUUAUGGAAACAAAUGCAAACCGUCCUGUAGAAGCAGAUGUUGUCAAUGACUUCUGGAGAGUGAAUGAACUAAAAGAGACAUUCCCAGAGCACAUCUCUGGAAAGGCUGUGCCAGAACUCGGCAGGAAAUAUCACAAGUAUAUUGAUGUGAGAGAUGUUGAGUACGUAAAGUAUAUAUUUGGAUAA